AUGAACGGGACGGACCGGGAGUGCGAGCGCGGCGGGACAGCGCUGCCGGCCAAGGCUCACCCGCUGAUCAGCGCCCUCAUGUUCUCGGCCGGGCUCCUGGGCAACCUCCUGGCGCUGGGGCUGCUGCUGCACGGCCGCCGCGGGCCCCGACAGCGCCCGCCCGCGCUCUUCCACGUCCUGGUGCUGGCCCUGGUGGUCACCGACCUGCUGGGCACCUGCUCCGUCAGCCCCUUCGUGCUGGCGUCCUACCACCGCAACAGCACCCUCACCGCCCUGGCCCGUGGAGGGCACAUCUGCCUCUACUUCGGCUUCGCCAUGAGCUUCUUCGGCCUCGCCACCAUGCUCAUCCUCUUCACCAUGGCGCUGGAGCGGUGCCUGGCCCUGGGGCGGCCGUACUUCUACGAGCGCUUCCUCAGCCCCCGCACGGGCUUGGUGGCCCUGCCCGCCAUCUACACCUUCUCGGCCGCCUUCUGCUCGCUGCCCCUGCUGGGCUUCGGCCGCUACGUCCAGUACUGCCCCGGCACCUGGUGCUUCAUCCAGAUGCACCAGGAUUCCCGCCGGGGGGCGGCCGGGCUGAACGUCACCUUCUCGCUGCUCUACGCCACGCUGCUGCUCUUCCUCAUCCUGGCCGUGCUGCUCUGCAACCUGAGCGUGAUGGUGAACCUGGCCCGCAUGCACCGCCGCGGGCAGCGGGCGCGCCGCAUGGCCACGCUCGAGCAGCCCCGCGCCGGCUCCGGCUGCGGCCGCCGCAUCUUCUCCAUGGCCGAGGAGAUCGACCACCUCCUCCUCCUCUCCAUCAUGACCAUCACCUUCGUCAUCUGCUCCCUGCCCUUCACGAUCCGCGCCUACAUGAACAAGUUCAUCACCGAAGAGGGCGUUCACCACGAGCGGGACCUGCUGGCCCUGAGGUUCCUCUCCAUCAAUUCCAUCGUCGAUCCCUGGGUCUUCGCCAUCCUGCGGCCGCCGGUGCUGCGGCUCCUGCGCUCGGUGCUGUGCUGCCAGGUGACCCCCACGCUCCCGGACAGCCGGACUCCCUGCCCUGCAAAGACAAAACUGGCAGCACAGCUGGGCCCCUGCGAGCCAUAGAUCCAUCAGCCGUGCUGGGAGACUCCUGCCAGGUGAAGCACAGCCCGGGCAGGUGUUAAGGGAGCUCUGCCUUACGGCCCCUAAAGAGACGUGACUGCCACGGGGUGGGCCCAGUGUGGGCGGCCCGGCCAGGUAUCGCCUGGGAAGCCCCUGGAAAGCCGGUGUGGUUUCUCACAGGGCAAAAAAUGACAGUGGGAUGAGAU